CCGAAUUUUUUCUCUCUUGAACAUGAAACAACAAAGCCAACACAGGCUAGCGUAGCUAGCUAACUAACGUAACAGUGUGCCGUCAGAUUCACACGAAGUUUGUAUUGUUCUUCAAACAAAAUACCAAAAGAAGUAGCUAAGGCAGCUGAGAUGCUCUCUGAAGGUGAGCUGAAGGACUUUGCCCAGGGCCAGUCCCUGUACCGUGUUCUCCAGCCCUGGUGGGAUGUCUUCAGCCACUAUCUCUCCAUCAUGAUGUUCUCAAUCGGAACCCUCGGAGGAACCCUGCAGGUCACCCUCCGCAAGAUCGUCUGCGUCCCCUGUCAGAUGACAUCAGAUGACUUCUGUGGGGGUUUUAACCGUAGAGGCACUACAUCAGGGAAUGCCACUACUGAAGCCAGCUUCCCUCUCCUACCCAAGAGUCUUUACAAGCUGGACCUUCAGCAGUAUGCUUACGUUGACGCCGUGUGCUACGAACAACAACUCCACUGGUUCGCCAAGUUCUUCCCCUACGUUGUGAUGUUAGAGACUCUGGCUCUUGUGAUUAUAAGCAACUUGUGGUUCAAGUACCCUAGGACCAGCUCCAGACUCAUGCACUUUGUCUCCAUUCUACACAAAUGCUGCGACUCUCCCUGGACCACCCGGGCCUUGUCAGAGACGGUGGCAGAGCAGGGUGGGGCCCAGCCCUCAAUGAGCGUGUGUAGUCCCGAUCCUCAGGCAUCUUCAACAUCAGACUAUAGCAGCAGGAGGCUGAUGGGCACAGAGUUUCUUAGUGUUCUAGACAAAAAGGAAGGUGAGCAGGCCAAAGCUAUCUUUGAGAAGGUGAAGAAACUGAAAGUACAUGUGGAGGACAAAGACAUCAUUUAUCACUUGUAUAUGAGGCAGAUAGUCACCAAGAUUGUGUUUCUGCUGUUCACCUUGGCCUACAUCCCUUACGCAGCCUCACACAUCCUGUUUGACGUUGACUGCGUGGUGGAUUCCCAAGCGCUGAUGCCGUUUCAGCCCUUUCGCUGCGUUCACUCGUUGGCCACCUUUUUCUGGCUCCUCUCUUUGGUUUACACGGUACUGAUGGUCAUGUACAGCUUGACCUGCUUCUACAGCUUCUGGUGGAUGAUGAGAAACUCUCUCAGGGAGUACUCCUUUGACCCGGUGAGGGAGGAGAGCAGCUUCAGCGACAUCCCCGAUGUCAAGAAUGACUUUGCCUUCAUCCUCCACCUCCUGGACCAGUAUAACCCUCUGUUCUCUAAACGCUUUGCAGUCUUCCUCUCGGAGGUCAGUGAGAAGAAACUGAGGCAGCUCAACCUGAACUACAUGUGGCCUUUGGAGAAGCUGACCCAGAAGGUGGUGCGUAACGCUCAGGACCAGAUAGAGCUCCAUCUCAUGCUCCUCAGCGGCAUCCCAGAGGCUGUGUUCGAUAUCAGGGAGCUGGAGGUGCUCAAGCUGCAGAUGAUCCCGGACGCUAGGCUCACGCAGAAGCUUACGCAGCUUGGGAACCUGCGAGAGAUCUGGCUGGAUCAUUCUCCUGCCACUGUAGACCUCAUGGCUCUGGGGUUUCUCUCUGAGAACCUGAGGAUCCUGAGGAUGAAGUUCACAGAGGUGGAACAGGCUCCCUGGUGGGUUUUCAGUUUGCGGAACCUGACUGAGCUCUAUCUGUAUGGGAAUAUGUUCAAUCAGGACAACACGACGUUCGUCAACGGCCUACCCAAGCUCAAGAAUCUGAAGGUGUUAUUCAUCAAGUGCAGCAUCACCGCGAUGCCGAAAGUGAUUACCAACUCAAUACCCUCGAUACAGAAGCUUUUCGUCGACAAUGAAGGCACCCAACUCUCAGUCCUGCAGAGUCUGAAGACGAUGUCACAGCUCACCUGCUUGGAGCUACUGAACUGUGAUCUCCAGCGGAUACCAAGUCAUAUCUUCAGCCUGAAGAACCUGCAAGAAAUAGACCUCAAAGGGAACAACCUCAAAACCAUUGAGGAGAUCAUCAGUUUCCAGCACCUUCCCAAGCUCUCUACCCUGAAGCUGAAGUACAACAGUAUCGCUUACAUCCCAGUCCACGUCGGAGUGCUGGGGAACCUGGAGCAACUCCACCUUGGUCAUAACCUCAUCAGCCGCGUGCCUGCGCAGCUGUUUCUGUGCAGCAGACUCUAUAUGCUAGACCUCAGUCACAACAAGCUGUCUGCCAUUCCCACUGAAAUAAAGGACCUGAAGAGACUGCAGCUCCUCAAUGUGUCCAGCAAUAAUAUUGACCAUCUCCCAGAAGGCCUGUUCCAGUGUAAGACCCUCCAGUCCCUGCUGCUAGGCCACAACAACCUGUCAGUGGUCCCCCACCAGGUGAGUGAGCUGACCAACCUGGUGGUGUUGGACCUGAGGGGGAACCAGCUGGAGAGCCUUCCCGCGGAGCUGGAGGAGUGCCACAGCCUGAUGCCCAGUGGACUGCUGGUAGAGGAGGGGCUGCUCAACUCUCUGCCGCCCAGCGUCAAGGAGGGCUUCCAGAGGCUUGAUAAGGAGUACCUGGGGAAAAUGGAGGCUGAAGGAGUGGGGAAUGCUCUCAACUGUAACCCCAUUAUCUGUAAUAAAGCAGGACAUGGAGAUACGGCCUGCGGCCUCAUAUACUCCAUGUGAUGGGGCUACUCCAAAUGAACAUCUAACUCAGUGGCUUUAAACCUGUGGUACUAGUAGAGCCCUAUGUGGUUUGCCUGGCCUGGCCACAGGGGAUAUUUAUUUAACCUUUAUUUUAUCAGGGAGCCAAACUGAGACCAAGGUCUCUUUUACAGAUGAGCCCUGAA